AGAUCGGGCCGAAGAAAUGCGCAUGCGUCCAGGGACUGGCGUCAGGCGAGGUUGCAGCUUGUUUUUUUCCUUCUUUCAAUCAAUCAGGCCGCGGGGGGGGGGGGGUGAAGAAAGCGAGCUGUAGGGAGAUCAGAGAGACUGAGGCACUGGCAAUGGGAGCAACAUAACCCGGUAGCACAGGAUAGGAAGCUGAGAGAAUACCCAUCACGCCGCCGAUUGAGGAUUUUAAAAAAAGGGGAGGGGGCGAAAUGGUUAUCAUCUUCUGCUUUGACCAGCGUGCGCUGGGCUCCGUGUGAAUCCGAUUUGGGAGACUGCUUGGAGGAGCAAACACACACUCAGGGGAAAGCAGCAGCACGGUAUCAAGAGAGGAGUGAUGCACACACACAAAGGGAGAGCGGGGCUGUUCUUGUGUGUUGCAAGGCAGAGGUGGCUGGCGACCAGGCUGCAUCGCCGCAGGCAUGGAGACUGUGAACGGGAGCGCUGAGAUCAAGCAGCAGUACGUGGAGAAGAAGCGGUUGAAUCGAGCUCCCUCUCCCGCCAGACCCCUGAAGGACCUGCACUGCCGAGCUGGAGCCAAACCCUCGCUAAACCCUUGCAAGCCCGGGAUCCUGCCUUCCUCGCCAGGCUCCCUCUCCAAACAGCAGCAGCAGCAACAGGUCGCCGGGGUGCUGGCUCCCCAGAGCAGACCAUCCCGCAGGAGCAACGCUCCGGGCUCCAAGGACAAAGCGUCGGUGCCCAAAAGCGGCGUGUCCGGGGCCAAAACUUCACUGACGGUGAGUCACUUCGCCAAGAGAGCUUCUUCCAAAGCCCACCACGAGAAAGGGAGCAAGCAGCAACAGCCCGGACACGGUGCGGAUCAUCAGCACAAGGUCCAAGGGAGGAGGGUGAAGAAAUGCUUGGUAGCCGAGCCCGGAGCGACCGCCUUGCUGCCGGGCAGCCUGGCGUUGGCGCUGACCAAACCCAGCCACACCGACAGCAGCUCGGACCUAUCGGACUGCGCCUCCGAGCCCCUGUCGGACGAGCAGCGGCUGCAAGCGCCGGAGGCGGCCAGCACCAGCGACGCCGAGUCCUGUGCCGGUUCCAGCGAUGCCGAGAGUGGGAAGAAAGGCAAACCGGCGGCUGGAGCACCCAACCUCGGCCGGGAACAGCAACAGCAGCGCAGCUCACCGGUCAAAGGAGUACCAGGAGGCGAGGGGUUGAAGGCUGGCUCUUCGGCGAACGGUGGGCAGGGCGCCAGAGCCGGCAAAGCCCGGAACCCAUCCGAGGUAUCACCGAGCGGGGGCGGCGCGCUGGAGGUGGAGCUGCUGAGAGAGAUCGAGGAAGUCCGUUCCGAAAAUGAUUACCUCAAGGAUGAGUUGGAUGAGCUGCGAUCCGAGAUGGAAGAAAUGCGGGAUAGCUAUUUGGAGGAGGAUGUGUAUCAGCUGCAGGAACUGCGCAGGGAGCUGGAUCGUUCCAACAAAAACUGCCGCAUCCUGCAGUACCGCCUCAGGAAAGCCGAGCAGAAGAGCUUGAAGGUUGCUCAGACCGGUCAGGUUGAUGGGGAACUCAUAAGAAAUCUGGAGCAAGACUUGAAGGUUGCCAAAGAUGUGUCUGUGCGUCUGCACCAUGAACUGGAGAAUGUUGAGGAAAAACGUGUCAGCGUGGAGAAUGAAAAUGAGUCCCUUCGACAAAGGCUUAUUGAAGUUGAAAUCUCCAAACAAGCAUUGCAGAAUGAACUAGACAGGAUCAAAGAGAGCUCUUUGAAGAGAAGGGGAAGCCGGGAGUUCUACAAGGAUAAGAAAAGUGCUGCUCAGGAAGAUAGCGCAGACCUCAAAUGUCAACUCCAGUUUGCAAAGGAGGAAGGCUCCUUGAUGCGUAAGAAAAUGGCCAAGCUGGGCAGGGAGAAGGACGAGCUGGAACACGAGCUGCAGAAGUACAAGUCGCUCUACGGUGAUGUGGACAGUCCACUGCCCACCUGCGAGGCCGGGGGACCCCCGAGCACCAGGGAGGCGGAGCUGAAGCUGCGGCUGAAGCUGGUGGAGGAGGAGGCCAACAUCCUGGGCAGGAAAAUUGUGGAGCUGGAGGUGGAGAACCGGGGCCUGAAGGCAGAGAUGGAUGACCUGAAGUGCCAGCAAGAGCGUGACAGCUUCUGCCGGGAGCACCACCCAAGUGUUCCCAGCUCACCUUUUGCUGACUCGUCUGAGUCGGCCAGCGAGUUGCGGCGGCACCUGCAGUUCGUGGAGGAGGAGGCCGAGCUGCUGCGGCGUUCCAUUGGUGAGAUCGAGGACCACAACCGUCAGCUGACCGACGAGUUGAACGUGCUGAAGGGUGGGCCUGGCGGCCACCUGGACAGUAGCUGGGGGGCCGAGGAGGCUGGCAGCGGCUCGCUGCAAGAGGAGCUGAAGGCAGCCCGGCUGCAGAUCAAUGAGCUGAGCGGGAAGGUGAUGAAGCUGCAGUACGAGAACCGCGUGCUCAUCUCCAACGUACAGCGCUGCGACCUCGCCUCGCACCUGGGUGCACGGGCCGCCAGCCCGCGCGAUAGCGACGCAGACAGUGACCCGGGCCACAAGGAGAGUGACGGUGAGGAUUGCCGCCCACCCGGCCCCCAGCCCAAGCGGGAGGGCCCGAUCGGCGGCGAGAGUGACUCGGAGGAGGUGUGCGAGAAGACGCCCGAGGAGCUGCUGCUGCUGUUGCGCAAGCGGGAGGACACCGAGUCGCUGGUCAGCAUCAAGCGGGAGGCCGAGAGGCUGGGCCGCACCGUCCAGCGGCUCAUCACCGACACCGACAGCCUCAUCUACGACGCCAAGCUGCUGGUGAGGAGCGCUGGGCCGGAGCGGGGUCCUGCUCAGGAUGGAGAGCCUGAGCUGCUGGACACCAUCAGCACCAGGAUGAAGGCAUUUCGCUCUGAGCUGCAUGCCUUCAUGGACAGCGUAGACCACCUGGGAGAAGGGCUGCGGGAGCAGAUGGAUGAGCUGUCGCCCAUGCCCAACCUGACUGAGUCUGCAAGCUUCCUCUCCUCCAUUACCUCCAUGUCCCGGGACUCUCCAGUCGGCACGCUGGGGAAAGAGCUGGUCACUGACUUUCAGUCCAAACUGAGGGAUCAGCCAGAAUGGCAACUAGUCCCCGAACAUACUCAAGAGCAAGAGACCCUUCAAAGUCAAGGUGCAGAGGACCAAAGCCGUACAGCUGAUGGAAACUACAAAGUUUAUGCAAUGGAAGACAAGAACUGCUUCAGUCCAGAGCUCAGAGAGCCCCCUGUUUUACCAGAGCAGAAUCUAUCUGUCCAAGAACUGCAGGUUCAGCUAGAACAGGAAAGACAACUUCGGGAGGAUGAAAAUGAAAAAUUUACCAGCAAGAUUCUUCAGAUUGAAGAGGAAAACCAGAAGAAUCUACUGAGGAAAGAUUAUGAAGUGCAAAGCCUGAACCUACAGAACAGGCUGGAGCAAAAGUCCUGGAGUCAUGAGAGGACUCUGCUACUGCAGGAGAUGAGAAUGUUCAAACAGAACAGCUUCCUGUUCUAUGUCAAACUCAAAUGGUUGCUUAAACACUGGCGGCAAGGAAAAAAAAUAGAGUAUGGAGGGGAGGAUAUCCUGGAGCCUGAACAGAUUGAAAGCCUGCCUGAAUUUAACCUGCUUCUUGAACAGACAGAGCUGGACCCUGACCAAGAGGACAGUGGCUAUGUGCUGACUGAAUACUCCCAACUUUCCCCUUCAGAGAGUGAUGACUACAGGCCUCAGCUACAGACAAAAGAGUUACUACAGCACCAGAAGCAGGCCAGAGAAAACCGAAGGAUCCUAAUUGCUCUGAAGUCUAUUUUGGAAGAGUUUGGUGCUGAGCUUGGGGAGGAGGAGAAACGUCGCCAUGACUUGCAACAACAGUAUGUCAAUGAAAAGGCUGCCUGGGAGAUGGAAUACACUGAGCAAAAAUGUCAGCUGGCCCAGUUUGAAAAAAAGAUUGGGAAACAGUCUUCCAGCAAGAAGGGCUCCGGUGAUCCCAAAGAUGUGUUCACGCGGGAGCGGGAGGAGCACCGCAAGCUGCUGGCGGACACUCACAGUCAGGUCAUGGAUCUGCACUGGCAGCUGCAGCAGUCCGAGAAGAAGUGGAAGCGAGAGAAGGAGGAGCUGCUGGAGAAGUUUGACCGAGAGGAGCGAGAGUGGAAAAGCAAGACUAUGGAACUACAGAGCAAGCUGGAACAGCUUCAGGCAGAGUCCAGGCUUUGGAGAGGAGAAGGCCCUUUCACUGACCAAGAGGAGCCAGUGCUGGAAGCCUUGGAACCUUGCCCAAUGCGAGAAAGCAUCCACAAUCGUCGCACACAAGGUCGCAGGCCUUUCUGGGAACCCGAGCAACAGCAAUGCAGAGAGAAAUCCUCCUUUGCUCUGAUGGAAGGUGACAAGUUCCAUGCUCCUCCAAAGAUGUUCCCUGAUGCCUCGUUGCUCGGAUCAGUGAGUAAUGCCAAGGUCCCUCAGCCUUGCAACUUGGAAAAUGAGAGGAAAAAAAUUGCACUCUGCCUUGGUGAGGCCCUGAGUGAAAUAUGUGGAACAAAGGAAGCUUCUGAGUUUCAAGAAGAAGAAAUGCGUAAAGCAAAUCUUCAAAGAGCAAAGUCCGUUUCCUCCAUGUCAGAGUUCCAACGCUUGAUGGACAGUUCUCCAUUUCUCCCUGAGAAGCACUUCAUUAGUGAUUCCAGUCAACAUGCAUACAAGACCAAGGAUGAAGCAACCCCACCAUUGUCUCCAGAUGACUUGAAAUAUAUUGAGGAAUUUAAUGGAAAAAGCUUGGAGUACACUAGCAAAGAUAAGCCAGCAGAAGCCUGGCUGGAAAAGAGUGAAGAUGAGAAAACAGUGAGCAGUUUACCGGCUGAGCCCUUCCAGGCUACCUCAUGGUUCCUUACAACCAGUGCUACAAUGACAACCAGUACAAUCAGCGGGCAGGAUUCCACUCAAAAGCAGCUCCAGCGCAGCAGUGCGGGCUCAGAUAAGAUAGGAAUGCGACUGUAUCACAGCCCACCAGUGAUCCGCAGAUUUGAAGGGUCAACGCGACCUAACAGUGAUGUAAUGAAGUUGCCAGAUUCAGACUUUACUUUUUCCAGGAUCAAGUCAAAUGGGAAUGAGCCAAAGGGAGGAUCACCAAAUGUGUUUGGAAGGUGGCCAUGUGAGAUUGGAAAGCACCACAAAGAUCUGCUGGAGGGUGGUCUCCAUCCAAUGGAGCACCCAAUCUGUAGUACUGUAGGCUUUGCUUCAUCACUGCAUGAUCUUAACAUAUCUGGCAACAUGAGUGAUGACAUGAAAGAAGUAGCUCAUUCAGUCAUGAGUCGAAUACGUUCAAACUCAAUUGAGCCCCAGUUCAAAGACAUUGCCUGUCAGACUAUUGGUGCUACAAGUACAGGAACACAGACCACACAGACUAUCAGUGUAGGAUUGCAGACUGAAGGCCUUAGGAACAUCACCAGCAGUCCGCACAAGUGUUUGACACCAAAAGGAGGUUCAACUCCUGUAUCUUCACCCUCACGAAGUUUGCGGAAUAAGCAGGUGGCACCAGUAGUUGAGAAAAUGCAAGCAAAGUUUGAACGAGCAUGCUGCUCACCCAAAUAUGGCUCCCCAAAACUACAAAGAAAAGUUUCUGCAAAAUCGGAUCAGCCAAAGGAUCGUAUUUUGCCAAGUACUCCACAGAAGGGAUUCAAUGAAUCAGCUUGGGCAAGAUCAACCACCACUCGAGACAGUCCUGUUCACACCACCAUUAAUGAUGGCCUUUCGAGUUUGUUUAAUAUCAUAGAUCACACACCCAUAGCUUGCGACAGUGUGCAAAGAUUGACCAGGUCUGUGAGUAGAUCAAAGCCUGCAGAACCCAGGUCGAAUUAUGUCUUAGUUCAAGAGUUUCUGAAGACUGUUAGUGGCGGAUCGCCAAGUCCAGUUUGCAUGUCAGUGGAAUCAGAGGUGGAAACAGAUGGCGACGAUCUUAUUGGGAAGCAGGAACUGUCUAUUUCUCCAGGAUACAGCCUUACUGAAAGUCCUGCCAGGAUCUUAAACAAACAUCUACUUGAACAGGCCCUUAAUGAUGAACAAAGUCAAGCUAAGAACAGCCAGAAAUCUGCCAGUGACGAUAGUAAGGCAGAAGAUGCAGAUGGAAUUUCCCCGAACUUCCUUGAGGAGUUUCCUUGGCCCUCAGUAGCUCCACCACUGGAACCCUGCUUCUCACGGCCUGCCAGGCCAGCCAACCAGCGCCCACCAUCGCGGUGGGCUUCACUCUCACCUUCUGCCUCACAGUCUUCAUCCUCUGGGGAUUUAGUUUGCAUCGGUCAACCGAGUGAACCUCCUGCAACGGAUCAAGAACAUGACCCAGAGCACAAGCCUGCAUAGUACACAAGUUAAUAACAAAAAACACUAAUUCACAGUCCCAAUGAUCCUGUAUGGCGGAAAAUUCUACUCAACAUUCAGUUAUGAAGGAUUCAACAAAUCAGGAAUGAACUGUUGUGUAUCAAACCUAUAAUAUAACUGCAGUGUCUGUGCUUAAGAAUGAGAGUGCUAUCCAGACAGACGGCUGGAAAGAUAGCAGUUUCUUUGCUUGUAAUGCAGUAGUUUAUGAGUGUUUAUUUUACUUAGCCAUAUUGUUUGGCAGACAAAGCAAUUUGAAAGGUAGACUUUGAAGAUACACUCCUCCCAUCUGUCUGCUUUUCCAUCAAUGGGACUGGGACUGUGGUGAGGAUUUUUUUUUCCCACUGCAACCAGGUGACAUGCAUUCAGUGUCAUUUUCCUGGCAGCUGGAAAUCUUGUGAUUACAGUGCAGAUCUCCUAAAUAAGAAUGGGUAGAUAUGGUUUCUAUGUUCCCAGUGCUACCUGUUAGAUAUGUCUGAAACUGCAAUUGGAAUGAACUUUUCUGUGUUUUUAAGCUGGAUAAUUUGCUUCAGGUCCAACAGUGAGAAGACAAAUGUUCAUUGCCAUCUUGUCAAAGAUGCUCUGGCUGGCCACCAAGUUGCCCUGCAGUUAUGACUUAAUCACCCUACCAUUCCUGAUGGUUGAACAGAGCCAUUGGACCCAUUCACGUGUGGAUCUUUUAUCCAGUGGAAAAAAAAUUAUAAUAAAUGCAAAAAAGUAUUUUAAAGUAUCACAAUAAAAAAAUAACAUUAUAUCUACACAAUCUUGUAAUUCAUUGCUUACGGUAGCUUCACAGUAUUACCUUACGGCAUUGCACGCCUCAGUAGGAUGGCUAUGGUGCCAAGGUUUUUGUUUGUAAAAUGUGUGCUAUCCAAAAGAGGAAGGUUCUAGAGAAAUUGAAGGGGUUGGAGUGGUCUCUCAGUAAUUUGGGCUGCCUUUCUUUUACAUUGCACUGUAUUGGUUUCCAUGUAAAAUAGUCCUAAUUAUAUUCUUUUAAAAAACACAUUAGUUUUUAUUUUACUAUUGAUGCCAGUGUGAUUUUGUAAAGUGCUUCAUAUGGAUUGAAGCUUUAGUUUUAAUGACACAGAGUUUACGGUGCUCUCAAGUAAAGCAAGUAAACCCAGGUUUAGGGACAAGAAAAGAAAUUAUAUUGAAUAGAGUUUAAUUUUUUUUUGCUAGAGCAUAAAGCAAAAAAGAAGAAUGAUAAGGACAGUCUUAAUAAGUUAGUUAAAUGACGGUACAAUACUUGACUUGCAUGCCAUUGGGUCCAUAGCACUUUAGUGCAUGUAUAUAGCUACUGUACCCCAAUAUCACAAAAAUGAACAAAACGACAAAGAAUCCACUGUUACGAUGUUGUGAGGUUAAUCAUGUACUGUAUUUUAAUUAUUGGUGUUUCUUGCAUUAACUAAGGAGAAAGCAUUUUUAACUAAAUUAUUGUAACAGUUCAACUGUCUGUGUACAGUAUUGAUAAUUUUUGGAAAAUAUUGAGAUAUUGUUCAAACUUAAUAUUGUAAUGAAUGUCUUUAGGGUUCAGUGUAAGACAAUUUACCCAUAAAUAAAAGUUCAAAUUUCC